AUGUCAGAUAAUGAAGAAAUCAGUGGUGGUAGACGUAGAAGAAGAAGAGUUGAUGAUGAAGAUGAAGAUGAGGAAGAGUUAGGGACUGAUUCGUUGUCUACACAGCCUCGUGAGGGGGCUAAUAUUCCUAGUUCGCCGCAAUUUGAAGCACCUCUUGGGUCUCCGGAUGAGAUAGACUUUGAGAAUCCAGAUAACGAUGGGGAUGAGGCGAUAAAUGCAGAUGAAGAUUUGGAAGAAGUAGAAGAGCGUAUGAAUGAGGUUGAUUUGAUGGGAGACGAUAUGUACAGGGAUUAUGCAGCGAAUAGGGAGCAGGAUGAGUAUGAGGAAAGAGGUGUUGAUGAUGAGGAGCAGGAGGAGUUGUCUCUUGCGGAGCGUCGUCGGAUUGAUGCGCAAUUGAACGAAAGAGAUCGGUUGGUUCAACGGAACAAGGCGUAUUUGGACGAUGAUGAUGAGGGUACUGGUGCUGGUGGAGUGGAUUUGGAUGCGAUGGGUCUUCCAGUACAGAGGAGACGUAGAAGACGUCAGUAUGAGGAAGCAGACGACGAUUUGUUGUCUGACAUGGACAUCGAUCCGUUGGCGGACGAGCUAUCUUUGGAGUCGUUGGGAGAUGUGAAGGCGUCCAGUUACUCGGAAUGGAUCACGCAGCCAAAUGUGUCGCGUACUAUUGCAAGAGAGUUGAAAUCGUUUUUACUUGAAUAUACAGACGAAUCUGGUAAAUCUGUGUAUGGUGCACGUAUCAGAACACUCGGUGAGAUGAACUCGGAGUCCCUCGAGGUGAACUACAGACAUUUGGUAGAGUCCAAGGCUAUUCUAGCACUCUUUUUGGCGAAAUGCCCGGAAGAAAUGCUCAAGAUCUUCGAUACUGUUGCCAUGGAAGCUACACAGUUGCAUUACCCAGAUUAUACGCGUAUUCAUUCUGAGAUCCACGUUAGAAUCUCUGAUUUCCCCAGUGUUUUGAAUCUUCGUGCGUUGCGUGAAACUCACUUGAAUUCUUUGGUGAGAGUCAGUGGUGUGGUAACAAGAAGAACUGGUGUCUUCCCACAGCUCAAGUACGUGAAAUUCAACUGUUUGAAGUGUGGUGCAGUGUUAGGGCCAUACUAUCAAGAUUCGAACGAAGAAAUAAGAAUCUCCUUCUGUACCAAUUGUAGAUCCAAAGGUCCGUUCAGAAUCAAUAUGGAAAAAACAUUGUACCGUAAUUACCAAAGAAUCACUAUCCAGGAAUCCCCGGGCUCUGUCCCUGCCGGUAGAUUGCCACGUCACAGAGAAGUCAUUCUGCUAUGGGAUCUUGUUGAUAUUGCCAAACCGGGCGAAGAGGUCGAAGUAACAGGUAUCUAUAAAAACACAUACGAUGGUAACUUGAAUGCAAAGAACGGGUUCCCAGUUUUCGCUACAGUGCUGGAAGCAAACUCUGUGAAAAGAAGAGAAGGUGGUCUACAAGAUGGAGACGGUAACGAGGGUCUAGACGCAUUCAGUUGGACCGAAGAUGAGGAACGUGAAUUCAGAAAGAUGUCUCGUGAUAGAGGAAUAAUUGAUAAAAUCAUCUCCUCCAUGGCACCCUCGAUUUAUGGUCAUAGGGACAUUAAGACAGCCAUCGCUUGUUCGCUGUUUGGAGGUGUUCCUAAAAAUGUCAAUGGUAAGCACUCCAUUCGUGGUGAUAUUAAUAUUCUUUUGCUUGGUGAUCCUGGUACUGCCAAGUCGCAAAUUCUAAAGUACGUGGAAAAGACUGCGAAUAGAGCAGUUUUCGCUACAGGUCAAGGUGCAUCUGCUGUUGGUUUGACAGCUUCAGUUCGUAAAGAUCAAAUUACUAAAGAAUGGACUCUUGAAGGUGGUGCAUUAGUGCUUGCAGACAAAGGUGUAUGUUUGAUUGAUGAAUUCGACAAGAUGAACGAUCAGGAUCGUACUUCCAUCCACGAAGCGAUGGAACAACAAAGUAUAUCUAUUUCCAAGGCAGGUAUUGUCACCACUCUACAGGCAAGAUGUUCGAUUAUUGCUGCUGCAAACCCAAUCGGAGGACGUUACAACUCCACAUUACCACUAUCCCAGAAUGUCAAUCUAACAGAACCUAUUUUAUCGAGAUUCGAUAUUUUGUGUGUUGUGAGAGAUUUAGUGGACGAAGAAAGUGACCAAAGGCUUGCGUCUUUUGUUGUCGACUCUCAUAUAAGAUCCCACCCAGAUAAAGACCUCGAAGAUCCUAAUGACAACGGCAAUGAAGGAGGGGACGAGGAAGCAAACGACAAUGAAGAUAGAGAUGAUGGAGCUCCAUUGUCAAGUAAACAAAGGCGUUUGCAAAGUCAUCGUAGGAGAGAAGAUGAAAUCUCACCUAUUCCUCAGCAUAUCUUGAUGAAAUACAUACAUUACGCCAGGACAAAAGUUUAUCCAAAACUCCAUCAGAUGGAUAUGGAUAAAGUUAGUAGAGUGUACGCCGACUUGAGACGUGAGAGUGUCACUACCGGUUCAUUCCCAAUUACUGUUCGUCACUUGGAAUCCAUUUUGAGAAUUGCCGAGGCCUUUGCCAAAAUGAGACUGUCUGAAUUUGUGUCGUCGUGGGAUUUGGAUAGAGCCAUCAAAGUCACGGUUGACAGUUUCGUGGGUGCUCAGAAAAUCAGUGUUCGUCGUCAACUACAAAGAUCCUUUGCUGUAUACACAAUGGGUACAAUGUGA